ACCACGAACCGGGUCGCUCCACUCUCUCCGGGGACUCUGCGCACGCGCAAGACACGCCCCGUUUCUGACUCGGCAAAGGCUCCGCCCACUUCCUUCCAGGACCCUCCCCCGCCUUCGUGGGCCCUUGGGGGUCCUGGGGAAGGUGCUAGAAGAGACUGCAGAGGCUUCUGUGCAGAUGGAACAGACAAAGGAAGGGGCUGGGCCCAUGGGGAACAGCCUGUCCCUGCCAUCACCUGGGACCGACCCGUGGCCCCCUGCGCCCUUCCCAGCCCUGCCACCUCCUCUCCUGGGAACCCCAGACCCAGCCCACCUGGGGCUCCCCGAGAGCCUGGCCUCCGUCACCGUCCCCAUCAGGCUGGACGCCCUGUCCUACCUCCUGCACAGCGCCCUGCUCGGGGCGUACACCCUCCAACAGUCCCUGCCCUCCUGCCCCUGUGCCUCCCAGGCUUGCUCCCGCCGGCCGGGCUCUGCCAAGAGGCCAUCCUGGGGGCCCGGGGAGUGGGAAGGCCGGCGCAGGCCAGGCUGGGGCCAUCGGCGAUGGGGAUCCGGGAGAGCCGAGCAGCCAGAGUGGGGCUGGGCAGGGGGCUCUGGGGCUGGCCCCAAGAGCCCGCUGGUGAUGCCACCACCACCGCCACCGCCUGCCCGGGAUGGGAAGAAGGAAGCCGGAGGUCCCGAGCCGCCCCCGGACGUGCCACCUGCAGCCGAGGACUGGGAGACAGAGUACUAGGACCCGGAAGGGCCCAACACCCCGGGGCCCUGGAACCCCCAGCCCUGUCAGAGCCACCCCAAGAGGCAGCCUGCUCCCACCCCCGAAAGACAGGAACUCAAUCAGGAGGGGUUCUGGGGUUCACCUCGUGAGACCUGAACCUGACUGAGCUUCCCAAGCUGAAAAUAGCCUUGAACCCCUACCCAGGCCUGAAGCACCAGCUCCAAGCCCGACCUCAGCCCCAAGGCCACCCACCCCCAUUCCUACCCCAACCCUAGCCCCCAAGCCAGGCCCACCCGCCUCUCUGACCUCAACCCCAUCCCCAGUGCAGUGCCAUAUCCCCAAUCCCUCUCUCAUUCCCAUUGUUACCCCCUUCCACGGCCCCACUGCUGAACCCCAAUCCCAAGCCAACCUCAAUCCCAACUUCAUUAACCUCCUUCUCUACUUCAGUCCAACUCAUCCUUGCCCUGAACCCCAGCCCCAUUCUGAACCCUGCCCCCCACCAUCUCCAUCCUCAGCCUCUCUCCCAUCCCUGGCCCAACUGUGGCUUGCCCCGGGACCCCACCCCACAAAGGACCCCACUGGACCCUUGCAGCCCUCCACCCCACUUCCCAGCCUUCUGGAUCGGGAGUCCUAGUUGAAUAAUAAAUAGAUGACUGUCC